GCUCCGAAGCAGUCUGCCAAUGCAGAGAAGUUGGAGGCUCCGGUGGCAGCCAGCACAGCUCCGGCAAAGAAGGUGCCAUUCAAGCUGCUGCCAUCAGUCGGAACUUGGCUGAGCUUCAAGCCGUUCGUUGAGCCAGCGAAGCCAAGCAUCCUGGAGAGAAGCCACAGCAAACUCUUGGUCAUGAACCAGGAGGAGCUUAUCACUGGCUAUGAAUGCGAGAUCCGGAAGCGGGACGAGGAGAUUGCCAAGUUGAAAUUGUCCUUGAAGGCGUAA